AUGGCAGCUAAUAACAAAUCAACGACUCCCCAGACUCGAGUGGUGCCCAACUGGAGUCAUGAUCACCGGCGCCCGUCAAGUUCUAUGGCCGGUAGACCGUCUCACUUCUUCAAGACAAUAGUCCCCUCUAACAUCAACGACCAAAAACUGAGGAUUCCUGAAAGUUUUGUAAGGCAAUUUGAGGAUGAACUGUCGGCUGUUGCUACACUCACUGUUCCCUAUGGUCAUUCUUGGCAAGUGGGAUUGGAGAAAGCUAAAAAGAAGAUUUGGUUUCACCACGGUUGGCAGGAUUUCGUUGAAUACCAUUCUAUUCGCUGUGGGUAUUUUUUAAUCUUCAGGUAUGACGGAAAUUCAAAAUUUCGUGUUCUUGUACUUGAUGAUAGUGCAACCGAGAUUCAGUAUCCACGGAGCAAGAGUUGUAAAUUUGAAGAUCAAGUGGACGUAAUGGAAUCAGAUGAUGCAAAAAGGUCAAGGCAAGAUCACAAGUCGAAGUCCGAAGAACAUGAGGAAAACAUGUUAGUUGGAAAAAGAGGAAGAGAGAGAGCAAUCCAAGCAGCCAGAUUAAUGUUGAAGCCUACAAGUCCUUCGUUCAUGGCCAUCUUGCGCCCAUAUCAUAUACGUCAACGAACUUUGUAUGUGCCUGUCGAAUUUUCUAUCAAGUAUCUUAGUGGGCAUGAUGAGUUUGUCGAGCUUCAGACUUGUGAUGGAAGACAAUGGCGUGCCCGGUGCGGUGACCAUCGUGGUAACUCAGCAAAGAAUAUAGGGUGGGCUCAGUUUCUAGGAGACAAUAACUUAAAAGAAGGAGAUGUGUGUGUCUUCGAGCUGCUCAAGAGGAAGCCUGUUGUGCUUAACGUCUCAAUAUUUCACGCGGCUGACUAUGUCAAUGGUGUUUGA